AAGCUAUUUGUGCAGGUGAUCGAGACGAGCAAGACCAAGCUCGGGGCCGAUCACCCAGAUACGCUGGCGAGCAUGAACAACCUCGCUUUUACCUGGAAAGGUCAAGGUCGACGCGUAGAUGCUUUAUCAUUAAUGGGGGACUGUGCCCAGGCUCGGCGGCGAGUGCUUGGCGAAGAGCAUCCAUAUACGCUGUCGUCUUUAGCCACCUUCGCUGAGUGGAGUAGCUAG